CAUUGCCGUACACCAUAUAAUUCUUGUCAUAGGACUCCGCGUCAUCUGAACCUCGAUCGAAAAGUGGUAAUGAGCGAACGCGACGGCAACUUUUGCAAGCGCGUGAUAAUGCGUUGAAGGACGCGAUGGCCGCCGCCGCUGUCCGAUGGUCACCUCACAGCUCGCGCUCGAGUGGCGGCAAACAGCGGUUUCUUAUCAUCGGCCUCCAUGAUCAUAGUUUGACGCUCUAUCAAGUAGAUCGUCGCGAUCGCACAAAACUCGAAAGCCAUGUGGUCACCCGUCACGCGGAUUUGCCUGGUAUCAAUGCCUUCGAUUGGAGCCGCCGCACCGAAAACGUCGUCGGUAUCGGCUUGAAGACCGGCACAGCAAAUCUGAUCAAAUUACGCGAAAAGGGCGAGGCAUCAGAAGUCAUCGCGCAGUACAGGCCGAAGCAGGAACGCAAGUGCAAUUCCAUCAGCCUGAGUGCCGACGAAUGGCUUGCGGUAGGCCUGGACAGAACGCGCGCAGACCCGUCGUGCCUCAACAUUUUCGAUGCCAAUACGAAUUAUGGCAACCAAUCCGAGCCGAUACUCAGGCUAUGUCCGAACGAGCCGGUGUCCACUGUUCGAUUUAUCCCAAAUCACCCCCAGGAACUGCUUGUUGGCGUACAGAGGACGUUGAUCAGACUUUAUGAUUUGCGAGAUGGCUCUCCGGGACACAGUGCAGCAGUCCAUGUUCCGACCAGCAACACGCACAACAUCGCGUGUGAUCCUUUGGACGACAACUAUUUUGCCUCUGCAGGACCUACCGGAACUCCAGCCGUCACUGUUUGGGACAAAAGAUGGAUGACCCAGACUGUUGCUGGCGACAAUCUACUCGGCUCAGUCUUCGAAUUCCGUCCUACCAAGGAAGCAGUCGGCUCAUCCAUCAUGAGUCUUCGAUACUCGGGAGAAAGGCGAGGUCGUCUUGGCAUCUGUUCGAGCUCAGGAGAGCUGAAGAUCGUGGACACAAAUGACAGCCCUCAAUCUAGCCUCCACGCCUCAAAUUACUUACCAUCUAACCCGUACGGUGGCCAGAGCUGGAGUCACAAUAGAUAUGUCUCGCAAGUCCGCUUUGUCCAACGCGCUCACGUCCCGACUCGAGAUGCAUCAACCGCGGAACCGAAGUUGAUUGCGUUUGACUGGAUGUCGAGUUCCACUAGUCCAACACGAGAAUCCUCCGUCAUCACACUGCGCAAUAAUGGCAAACUCGUUCUUGCGCAUAUUCCGACAGUUGUCCCGCAAGCAACAAUAACAGCCAGGAGCGAUUUUGCCAUCGCCUUCGAUGGUCUAUCCUUCACAGAACCUAAGAGCAACGUAAUCGAGCCUGCGUUAUUGCCCGCACCGUACGAGCGGACAGCCACUGCCGAAGACUUCGGACCACAAGACUACAUGGGCGAAGACAAGAUGCUCGAUGCCACCGACGGUCGCCGUAAUUGUGGCCCUGAAUCAGCCAUCAUUGCUCAACUGUUAGCUUCUACAACACUACAGCAGGAUCGCUGUCGGCGCGGUUACUUAUGGGACUGGCAGAAGAAUCUGCGCAUUGUCGCAGGAAAUUGGCAGCUUGAGCGACUCUGGAAGACAUUCGGCCACUUCCAAAAGAUGGCAAGCAAUAACGGAAUGGUCGCCGAGUCGAUCGACCUAAGCUACGUUGGAGUCGCUGGAAUUUGGGCGGAAGAUGUCAAACUUGGACCAGGCAGGAAGUUGGCGCCCUCCGUGGCCGGAAUCCAAGAUACGAUUCUGGCUCUGAAUAACACUCGGGAUCUUCCCCCAUUCGAAGGAGAGCGGACUGACUAUCCUGAGCAUCGCCAGCUGUGCUUGGCAAUCUGCGGCUGGAAGUUCACUGUGGACAGUUUGGAGGCUGAAUGUCAGGAAUUAAUCGAUCGUGGCUUCUACUACCAAGCCAUCGUCCAAGCGACCCUACACAACAACAAGCACCUCGCGCUGAAUCUACUCCGCACCCUCAUCCGGAGCCGAUCUCUUCAAAACAUCGGCCUGAAUGCAUUGCUAGCUUCCGACACCAUCAACGAGGCACAGCGCGAAAUGUGUCUCUGGAUGGCAGCAGACACAAGCGACACAGCUCUGAAAGCACUCCUCACGUUUCUUUCAACAGACGAUUGGCGCGACGUCAUCAAAACAAACUACUUGCAUUUGGGUUAUCGAGUGGCCCUGGGUCUCCGUUAUCUCAACGACACCGAGCUCAGCGGCUUCAUCCAAAGCGAGACCGCGCGAUCCAUCAAAAACGGCGAUCCAGAAGGCAUCCUUCUCACCGGCCUCGGUGAACAAAGUAUGGACCUAAUGCAAACAUACAUUGCCAAAACCAACGAUCUCCAAACCGCCGUUCUCGUCACCGCCGUCACAAACCCGGUCUACGUCGACGACUUGCGUUGGGAGAUGUGGAAGGAGACCUACUUCGACCAGAUGCAACGCUGGCGGGCUUUCGCCGACCGCGUCCAUUUCGUCGUACAACACAGCCAAAUGGCCCGGUCCCGCGACGGGAAGAGUCUGAUCAAACCGCCUCCCGCACAAAUCACCCUCAGAUGCAAUCACUGCCAGGCAUCCCUUGCUCGGCAUGAUGGUCGACCACUAUUAUUCGGAGAAGUCCGCGGCCCGGUCGCGCCGAAGAAUGCUCGCGCCAUUGGUCCCGCGGCGAAUGCUGGUACUGUGUGUUUGAAAUGUGGCAGUCAUAUGCCACGCUGUGGGAUCUGUCGGCUAUGGCUUGGUGGGCCUGAUCCUGCGAGGCCAGGGAAGAGGGAAGUAGCUGCUAAAUCGGGGGAUUUGAUGGCGAAUUUCUUGACGUUUUGUGUGGCGUGCUCGCAUGGCUUUCAUUCUUCGCAUGCAAGGGAUUGGUUUGCGAAGCACAAUGAGUGCCCUGUUCCGGACUGCAGGUGCACUUGUACUGUGUCUUGAGUAGAGUUGAUCAUGAUAUGCAUUCUUUUAUUCGAAGCUC